GUGCUUAUGCUGGCUUGGAUUCUUAGGAAAUUGUGUUGCUUGGUAACCACAACCAUUUCUUCUAUCUUACAAAAGAUAAAAGGAACAAAAAGAUCUUAUAGCAACAUCUCGUCAUGCAGACAUGAUGUCACUAGUCACAAAGAUGGCGAAAUAUAGAGGGAGAUGUUGAAUGGUCUUCACCAAGCUACGAACAUCAAUCUCAAUGAAUCUCAUGAUCGCGUAUUCUUUACCACGGUUUGUCUCCAUGUAUGUUAUGACAAUUUUCAAGUAUCUUGAUCUUCUCUCUGAGCAAUAGCUCUCCAGGAUCAUCUUAGUUUCUCCGGAUGUUUGCUGUCAUUUUCUUGGAUUGCUUCAGUUGCCUGGGAGAUGUUAAACAUCUAAGCUGGAGAUGUGCAGCAACUGGUGCUGGGUGUCUACAUAAUAUGGGGGCACACAAAACUGUGAUGGCAUGUUUAGGGUGCCUCUUUACUUCAGAGAAAAUUAUUGCCUCGACGAGAGGUGUAUGUUAAAGCAGGGUCAUUGCAUCGGCACUGACGGGGAACAAGCUGCUAUAGCCUUGAUCUGUCUGCACUGCUGCGGGCUGAUUCCUUGGAGUUAAAUAUCCAGCAUUCACUGAUAAAUGGCGAGAUCGGCUUUCUUGGGACAGCUAUGGAUUAUGCGGUGUGCCGAGACAGUGUGAAUGUGGUGUGAAGAUGACAAAUACUAGCGCUUUACAGAGAAUUCCUCCGUCCCUUUUGAAAUCUCAACGGCUGUGGAUGACUAGCGCUUGAACUCAAACAAUGUUCCAGUUUUGUAUUGCAUGGAAGGAGUGACUCGAAAUUGAUCCAUCUUUCAAAACUGUUAACAUAACACUAAGCAGCAGUGAUGCUAAUCAAUGAAAAUUUGAUGGGAGUUCUGCUUGGGACUCCUAAUUUUAAGUCCAAAUUCAAGAGCAAAAACAGAUAAAGCGUAUCUGGUGGAGUUAUAACUAAUAAUAAGUAUCCGUGCUUAAUGAGAGGCUUGCCAACAUCCUCGCUAAAUCAAAAUGAAGACAAUAAUUUUAGCGUAACUGUAAUCUCAUUACAUCAAUGUCUAAACCCAUGUUCAGCGCUUAAAAAAAUGUCUAAAUCCAGGUUCAACAUUUCUCAAACAACAUUAAAUUCAUUUUAAAAUAUAAUAACCACAUUUUUCUACCUUGUUUUGGUAAAUCUUUAUUUGCGACACAUUUUUCGGUUUUAAUAAGGAAAACUGGAAAAGACAACCGGCGAAGAGGCGACAACGCCGAGGAGUGAGGACUCGCUAACUCGUCGGCCGGUUUAUAUUUGACUCGCCGACUCGCUAAAACCCUCACUUUCGAUUUCAAAAACCCGUUCUCUCUCUCUCGGACACUGGUGCGCCUCGCGCGCAGAAGAGGGGCAUGAACGCGAUGAACAGAAGCUGAGACAAAGAUGAGGAUUUUGCGGAUCAUAGCAAGAGGACAACGAUCGACCCUUCGUCUCAAUUACUCGGCUGCUAAAGCUGUAUUGACCAACAGAAUCGAUGCUCACGGAUCAAAAGUUCAGUGGUGCGCUAUAUCGAACACCGCAUUUGUUUCUUCUGAGUUGCCCAAUUCUCGUAAAAGCCGCAAACGGAUUCCAAAAGAUGAACGUCAAGCUAUGGUGGAAUGUUAUGUUAAUGAGUACAGAGCAAAGAAUGCGGGGAAGUUCCCAACUGCUUGUGAUGCUAUGAAUCAUGUUGGCGGUUCUUUUUAUGUCAUUAGAAAAAUUAUUCAGGAGCUAGAGCACAAAUCCAAGUUACCUCAAUCAACUAGCGGAACUGAAAUAUCAUCAGGUCCCAAGCUAAAUCGCGUGAAGAAAUCCGGGACUAAAGUUGACGCCAACAGCAGCAAAGUGGCUGCAAAUGCUGGGACUGAAGUUGAAGAUGAUAGAUUGAUGUUUGUUGUUGCUGAGAGUCAGGGUUCAAGAGAAGAAAUUACAGAUGUUUCUCAUCUGAGUCCUGACAAAUUACAGGAUAUUAAGAGGAAGGAAGUACGGAAUGAUGAUAGCGAUAGUGUAGCAGAGAAGAGUAGUGUCAAAAUGGAAGUACAGAAUGUGAUUUUGGAUGUUCAUCCACAUGAAGAUAAUGCUAGGCAUUCUCCCAUGGAAGAUUUGACUGAUUCUGGUGCUCUGGAGCUGCGAAAGGAGCCUUCACAUGAUGUUGAGACGGAAGAAUCUGUUAAAAGGAACGACGAUGUGGACACAUCGAGAAAAUCAUCUCUGUGGGAAAAUCUUAAAUCUUUUGCAGACAGUAUUGUCAAUAUAUGGAAGAAACUGUAAAUUCUCGAGGUAAUUGUUUGGACUUUACGGGAACUGGUUUUGCCAAAUGAGGUUAAUAGAUGGAUGUCCUCCUUUA